AUGCCCAACUCUAACUUAAUCAGGAUUAGGGGCCUAUUGGAUAAAUCAAGUGACACAACCAACAUCCAGCGCGACACAGGCAUUACGAACCAGAUGGAGAAUGACAACUCGGAGACCAUUCUCCUGCCAGACGGACGGAAGCUUGGAUAUGCACAGUUCGGCUCUCCCACAGGACGUGCAGUCUUCUUCGUGCAUGGUCAUCCAGGAUCCCGCCUCGAGGGUGCCCAUCUCCACGACGUUGGCCUCAAACUGGGGGCCCGCAUCAUUUGCGCCGACAGGCCAGGAACUGGGCUGAGCUCGCCUCAGCCCGGCAGGACACUGCUCGACCACCCAAAGGAUCUAGAACACCUGGCAGAUCACCUCAAGCUGGAAAGAUAUGGUGUUCUGGGAGUGUCUGGCGGUGGACCGUAUGCCCUCGCCUGUGCUUACGCACUACCCCGCGACAAGCUCAAAUGUGUUUCGAUCGUAUGCGGCCUCGGGCCCGUCUAUGAAAUUGGCAUGAAAGGCGCGCGGUGGGUGAACUGGCUCGGCUUCGCGUUUGGAUAUCGAUAUUGCCCGCGCAUCCUUAAUCGGUGGUUUUGGCAGUCGCAAACGUGCGGACGCUUGGACCUCAGUGACGAGCAGCGCCUGCAGCUUCACAUGAAGGAAUUCUCAAACCCUAAGUCGGUGGCUGAGCGGAAAGACUUUGACGCCAUGACGAAUGAAGUCAACGCCCGACGCUUCAUGCGGGCGUCUCGCGCGGCCUUCGCACAAGGGUACGAUGGUUGUCUGCAGGACGGGAAGAUCCUAAGCUCGCCCCUUGGCUUUCGCAUCGAGGACAUCCGCCCGGACCUGCCGGUGCAGCUGUGGUACGGGAAAAUGGAUGUCAACGUCCCUCUCAAUCACGGGGAAACAGUAGCCAAGCGUCUGGGUGACCGGGCAGUUCUUCGAGUGGAGGACGAGACACAUGCCAGCAUCUUUUUCAAUUGGCGAGAACAGUUCCUUGGAGAUCUGGUGAGGGCCAUUUGA